AUGAACCAUAAAGAGCAAAUUCUAAUUGGUUCUGCAGCAUGUGUAAUGAUUACGAUCACUUUAUCAUUGAAGUUGCUCAUUGACCAUCUUCUUCAUUGGAAGAAACCCAAGGAACAAAAGGCAAUCGUAGUUAUCAUCCUCAUGGCCCCUAUCUAUGCUAUCGACUCCUAUGUGGGAUUGCUUGUAUUUCGUGGCAAUGAAACCUUUUUUGAGUUACUCGACUCCAUCAAAGAAUGCUACGAGGGUUUGGUGAUGGCUAAGUUCUUGGCUUUGCUGUACACUUACUUGGAUAUAUCUAUGAGCAUGAAUAUAGUACCUGAUGAGAUCAAGGGAAGAGCCAUUCACCAUUCCUUCCCAAUGACUCUUUUCCAACCUCGCACAGUCUAUCUGAACCAUCACAAACUGAAACUCCUCAAGUAUUGGACAUGGCAGUUCGUAGUGAUUCGACCUGUGUGCUCCAUCUUGAUGAUAGUUCUUCAACUCCUUGAGAUAUACCCCGAUUGGCUUAGCUGGACAUUUACCACAAUCUUGAAUGUAUCGGUUUCAUUGGCGUUGUAUGCCCUCAUGAUCUUCUACCAUGUAUUUGCUAAAGAAUUGGCACCUCAUAAUCCUCUUGCCAAGUUCUUAUGUGUCAAAGGGAUCGUCUUCUUCUGUUUUUGGCAGGGAGUGUUGCUUAGUGUUUUGGUGGCAAUGGGUGUAAUAAAGUCUCAUCAAUACUUGCCAGAUGUAGCACAUAUCCAGCAAGCAAUGCAAAAUGGACUGGUGAUAGUGGAGAUGAUAUUUUUCUCAAUAUUUCAAAUGUAUGCAUACAGUGCUGAUCCAUACAAAGAUAAAGUUGUCAAACAAAAGAAGAAAGACUGA